AAAGAAACUCUAAAGGAAGGAGAACCGUGGGAAACUCACUGUUCCUGAGAGAAGGUGCCUGGCUAAGAGUAGGUUAAAGAGAACUCUAAGCCUGAACCUGGCUGCUUAUUUCUAGAUAACCAGCUAUCUGAAGCCAAAAAGUCAGAGUGAUCCUGUUGGCUUCAGACAUGGGGUUUUUCAGGAUGCCACAGUUGGACCUGUCUUGGCUGGGACUGAGGCUGGAGGCAUCCUCACCAUGGCUGCUUUUGCUGCUGAUCGGAGCUUCCUGGCUCUUGGCCCGUGUCCUGACUCAGACCUAUAUCUUCUACAGAACAUAUCAUCAUCUUUGUGAUUUCCCUCAACCCCCCAAAUGGAAUUGGUUCUUGGGUCACCUAGGCAUGAUCACACCCACUGAGCAUGGUCUGAAGGAGGUGACUAACCUGGUGGCCACCUACCCCCAGGGCUUCAUGACAUGGCUGGGUCCUAUCAUUCCUAUCAUCACUCUGUGCCACCCUGACAUCAUUCGAUCUGUUCUCAAUGCCUCAGCUUCGGUAGCCCUAAAGGAAGUAGUCUUCUACAGUUUCCUGAAACCUUGGCUGGGGGAUGGGCUCUUGCUGAGUGAUGGUGACAAGUGGAGCAGCCACCGUCGCAUGUUGACACCUGCUUUCCAUUUCAACAUCCUAAAACCCUAUGUGAAGAUUUUCAAUGACAGCACCAACAUAAUGCAUGCCAAGUGGCAGCACCUGGCCUCAGGUGGCAGCGCCCGUCUGGAUGUGUUUGAGAACAUCAGCCUCAUGACCUUGGACAGCCUGCAGAAAUGUGUCUUCAGUUUUGAUAGCAACUGCCAGGAGAAUCCCAGUGAGUAUAUUUCUGCCAUCUUGGAGCUCAGUGCCUUAGUGACCAAACGGUACCACCAGCUGCUUCUACACAUAGACUCACUCUAUCAGCUCACCUGUAGUGGGCGGCGCUUCCACAAGGCCUGCCACCUGGUGCACAGCUUCACAGAUGCUGUCAUCCAGGAUCGACGACGUACUCUCCCCAGUAAGCAUGAGGAUGAUGUCCUCAAGGCCAAGGCUAAGUCCAAAACUCUGGAUUUCAUUGAUGUGCUGCUGCUGAGCAAGGAUGAAGAUGGAAAGGAGCUGUCAGAUGAGGACAUUAGAGCAGAGGCUGACACCUUCAUGUUUGAGGGCCAUGACACCACAGCCAGCGGGCUCUCCUGGAUCCUGUACAAUCUGGCAAGGCACCCAGAAUACCAGGAGCGCUGCCGGCAGGAGGUGCAGGAGCUGCUGAGGGAUCGAGAGUCUACAGAAAUUGAGUGGGACGACUUGGCCCAGCUACCCUUCCUGACCAUGUGCAUCAAGGAGAGUCUGCGGCUGCAUCCCCCAGUCACGGUCAUUUCCCGUCGUUGUACCCAAGACAUUGUGCUCCCAGAUGGCCGGGUCAUACCUAAAGGUGUUAUCUGCAUCAUCAAUAUUUUCGCGACCCAUCACAACCCAACUGUGUGGCCUGACCCUGAGGUUUAUGACCCCUUCCGCUUUGACCCAGAGAAUAUCAAGGACAGGUCACCUCUGGCUUUUAUUCCCUUCUCCGCUGGGCCCAGGAACUGCAUAGGACAGACGUUUGCUAUGAACGAGAUGAAGGUGGCGCUGGCGCUGACGCUGCUGCGCUUCCGUGUGCUGCCAGAUGACAAGGAGCCGCGCCGGAAGCCCGAGUUGAUCCUGCGCGCAGAGGGCGGGCUGUGGCUGCGGGUGGAGCCGCUGAGCACACAGUGACUCCCUGCACCUGGACGGGUCCCACCCACCCGCUUACCUCUACGGUUGUCACCUGUGCCAGAGGCUCGCAGAAUACCAGUAGGGGGCGCUGGAGGACGACAGGGAACCAGCAGUUGUGGGGCGGGAGCUGGGGUUAGCAUCCUUUGGCCCAGAUCCCUGACUUCAUUGGCCUCUACAUUGUCCUAGUUGGUCUUACUCUAUUGCCCAAUAGAGAGAUAAAGGGAAGUGUCUAGGCAGGAUGGAGGCCAGGCUCGAGCUCAGAGAACCUUAUAAGUUGAGGUAAACUUCCAUCGCCUUGACCUCCAUUCUAAUCUCAAAACUCCAAUUCUAGGAUUCUUUAGUGUUUCUGUGAAAACUAAAUUUUAGGUUUAUUAAACCUAACAAGCCUGCCA